UGUGUGCUGCUGUAGUGAAACCGGAUGUUCUGGAAACAAUGGCCUUGCUGUUCAGUGGAGCAGAUGUCAUGUGUGCCACAGGAGACCCUGUGCAUAGCACCCCCUAUCUGCUGGCCAAGAAGGCUGGGCAGAAUCUGCAGAUGGAAUUUCUCUACCACAACAAAUUUUCAGAUUUUCCUCAACAUGACAUUCAUUCUGAGAGUGGAUUAAGUCAAGAGUCCUCCCAGUCCACGUUCCUCUGUGACUUUUUGUAUCAGGCUCCUUCUGCUGCUUCUAAACUCUCUUCAGAGAAAAAACUGCUUGAAG